AUGGCGGCGGUGACGGUGAUGGCGGUGGCGGGGCGGGCGGCGCUCGGUGCGGGGCUGCCUGGAGCGCGGCGCUGCCAGACGCUGUGGCUGCUGCGGCGGGGCUGCGCGGGGCUGGCGGUGGACGACACGGUGAACGGGCUGAGCGCCGAGCAGCGGCAGCUUAGGCAGACCAUGACAAAGUUCUGUCAAGAACAUUUGGCUCCAAAGGCCCAGCAGAUUGACCAGGACAAUGAAUUCAAGGAGAUGCGGGAGUUUUGGAGGAAGCUCGGGGAACUGGGAGUUCUGGGGAUCACAGCUCCUGCAGAGUAUGGUGGAUCUGCUUUGGGCUACCUGGACCACGUGCUGGUGAUGGAGGAGAUUUCUCGAGCGUCAGCAGCCGUGGGGCUGAGUUACGGUGCCCACUCCAACCUCUGCAUCAACCAGCUGGUGCGGCACGGCAGCGAGGCCCAGAAGCACAAGUACCUGCCCAAGCUCAUCAGUGGGGAGCACAUUGGAGCCUUAGCGAUGAGUGAACCCAAUUCUGGUUCUGAUGUUGUGUCCAUGAAGCUGAGAGCAGAUAAGAAAGGAGACUACUUUGUUCUGAAUGGCAACAAGUUUUGGAUCACCAAUGGGCCAGAUGCAGAUGUCCUGAUAGUCUACGCCAAAACUGAUGUCAGUGCUGUGCCAGCCUCCCACGGCAUAACGGCGUUCAUCGUGGAGAGGGGAAUGCCAGGGUUCAGCACAGCCCAGAAGCUGGACAAGCUGGGAAUGAGGGGUUCUAACACCUGUGAACUGAUCUUUGAAGACUGCAAGAUCCCAGCUGAAAACAUCCUGGGAGCACAGAGCAAAGGAGUCUAUGUUCUGAUGAGUGGGUUGGACCUGGAGAGACUUGUGCUGUCUGGUGGGCCACUGGGGCUCAUGCAAGCUGUUCUUGACCAUGCAAUUCCAUAUCUGCAUGUGAGAGAAGCAUUUGGGCAGAAAAUUGGACACUUCCAGCUAAUGCAGGGCAAGAUGGCUGACAUGUACACACGGCUGAUGGCCUGCCGGCAGUACGUCUACAACGUGGCCAGGGCCUGCGACCAAGGACACUUCAAUGCCAAGGACUGUGCUGGAGUCAUCCUCUACUCGGCAGAGUGUGCGACCCAAGUGGCUCUGGAUGGGAUCCAGUGUCUGGGUGGGAACGGUUACAUCAACGAGUACCCCAUGGGGCGGUUCCUGCGCGACGCCAAGCUCUACGAGAUCGGGGCGGGCACCAGCGAGGUGCGCAGGCUCGUCAUCGGCAGGGCCUUCAACGCCUCCUUCAAGUGACAGCCACGGGGCAAAGCAGCCCCUGAGCACCGCCAGGCCUUGGAGCACGGAGGCUGGAGCGCACAACUCUUCUGCCUGCCUGUGCUUUGCCACUUGUGGACUCUUUUCUGCCUGCUCUGUGUGCUGGGCUGUGGGGAGAUGAAUCAGAUGGUGACAAGGGAGGAAAGGUUUCUUUUUUUCCCUCUCCUCAUGGUCAUCCUGAUUCAUCCUGUUCACAAGCCAUGCUGCCUGUCAGCCUUACAGGGCCGAGGUUCAUCCAGGGGACAGCUCGCUGUGGAAGCAGGCUGGUGAGCAGUGUGCCUGAAAUAGGAGGCAGCCAUUGCUGAGCACCAAAAGUCAACCAAAAACCCCAUUUUUGUCCUUUCACAACAAGCCUGAGUGCCAUUAUCAUAGAAUUUAGGCUGGAAUAGACCUUUGAGAUUGAGUCCAAACACUUCCCAGUCUACUGUUAAACCAUGUCCUUCAGCACCACAUCUCCAUGGCUCUUCAAUCCCUCCAGGGCUGGGGACACUACCACUGUGCUGGGCAGC